CGAAGACGAAAUGAACAGUCGCGGAAAUGCUUGACUCAAGAUGGCAGCGUACCUGCAGAUGUUUUUAUUUAUAUUUAAAUCAAAAUACAGACGAAAAUGGGACCUUGGACAAACCAUUGUGUGUCUAUGUUUAGUUCUUUCUUGUUCUUUUUGUGUGCAAUGCAAAUUUAACUGCAGUGAUGUACAAUGUAUAAAUGGGGAGUGUGUGAAUGGUACCUGUGUCUGCAACGAAGGAUGGCAAGGGUCUGCUUGUCAGUUUUGCGGUGGGAAAGUAAGACUGUCAGACCCCCAGGGAACUAUUCAUGAUGGAUAUGGAAAUUAUUCCAUUGAUGUCAAGUGCAGCUGGCUGGUGGACAGUGGCACCCCAAACACUUCUAUCCAUCUGCAUCUUGAAGAGUUUGCCACAGAAUGUGGUUGGGAUCAUCUUUAUAUAUUUGAUGGUGAUAGUGUUCAUUCACCUCUCUUAGGUGUCUUUAGUGGACUGAUGUAUAAAGGCAAUUAUAGUGUGAGGCGCAUACCAGAAAUUGUAGCUCAUUCGGGUUCUGCCCUCAUCCACUUUUACAGUGAUGUAGCCUAUAAUAUGACAGGAUUUAACAUCACUUACAGGUUCAAUUCCUGUCCCAGUCGAUAUUCUCAUACAAACUGUUCGGGACACGGUGUGUGCAUUGAUGGCGCUUGCCUAUGUGAUGCUCUAUACAUGGGCCCAGCUUGUGAUGUUCCAAAGUGUCCAAAUAAUUGCAGUGGCAAUGACCACGGUUACUGCAACCUUGAAAGGCGUCAAUGUGAAUGCUACGGAAGGUUCAGAGGUGAUGAUUGCAGCCAAAUAGCAGAUCAGGGGUAUUGGGAAGUGCUGCAUCCAAAGGAUAUACAGCCUGAGGGGUCUGCUUCUCACUGUGCUGUAGUGUGGAAAGAUUCACUGUACAUAGUUGGUGGAGAAUCUUAUCACAGAGCAAAAAUGUUGUAUACUUAUGAUUUUAAUGGCGAAGUGUGGGAAACCCCUCAGAUGGAGUACAAAAAUGCACCUCGUCCUCGCUACGGGCACUCUUGUGUGAUGUUUGGGGACAAAGUGUUUAUGUAUGGUGGUGUUGAAGUAACCGGUGAAGUUUCAUCAGAACUAUGGGCCUUUGAUGUCAAUGCGAAGACGUGGGAAAAUAUCACAGUAGAUUCAGAUCCCUGCAACAUCACAGGCAACAGUAGCCUUCCCUGUGGCCCUUUACAGUCAGCAGGCCACACUGCAACUCUUGUUAAUAAAUCUCAGAGAUCUGAUCGAAUGGUUGUCAUAUUUGGCCAUUCUCCGAGAUAUGGGCAUCUUCACACUGUACAAGAAUUUGUAUUUGGCACAAGAGAAUGGAGCGUUGUGAAAACUCGGGGCUAUCCGGUUCGAGGAGGUUACGGCCACUCUAGUUCUUUAGAUCACCUCACUCAACUAAUUUAUGUUUAUGGUGGUUUUAUCUUUGAAAAUUCUCUCAUUUUGAGUAACAGAUUGUACUCUUAUGACCCCAAUAGUAGAGUGUGGCGACUUCUGAUGGCUGCACCUUCUGGACGCUUCCUCCACACAGCUUCAUUUUUAUCAGGAGGUUUAAUGCUGGUAUUUGGUGGCAACACACAUAAUGAUACUGCUCACAGUCAUGGGGCUAAAUGCUAUUCCUCAGAUCUUUUGGCUUAUGAUGUAUUAUGUGAUUCAUGGGUGUCCUUGCCACUGCCCUCACAUGGUUUGUCGCAAGCUGAUCUUGCCCGGUUUGGUCAUUCUGCUGUAAUUUUUGGGGGAGCUCUUUAUAUUUAUGGUGGCUUUGACGGUCAGAUGUUGUCUGAUAUAUUAAGGUUUACUCCAGGUAUAUGUAGUAGUCAAAAUACAAAAGACGCUUGCGUGAACCUUCGAACAGGCGUUAAAUGUGUGUGGAAUCAAAGAGAUCAAAACUGUGUGAAUGCCUCUACUGCUUUCAAUAACAGGCCGCUGGUAUUGCAUUCAGAUGGACGUGAUGAAGAAGAACAUGACAAUGGAUUCAGUAUUUGCCCCGAUGGCGGGAGAGCUGCUAAAUCAGCUGCAGCCCAAAUGCAUAAAGAGUUUUGCAAGACUUACUCAGAUUGUGCAUCUUGUGUCCAAACAUCUUACUCAUGUGACUGGUGUCAAGGUCAAAGCACGUGUAGCUACCGAGGAGAGGGCUGCAACAAUUCUCAUCCUGUAAACAGCAACAACAUAGAAUACAGCACUAGUGUGCUGGAGCCUGUCAGAUCUCUUGACCGUUGUGAGCCUGAAGAUUCAUCUGUCUGUCCGCCUCCUCCUAACUCAUGUCAUCGUUGGGAGUAUGAAGUUCAUUGCAACAGCUCUGUUGAUUCUCAGCAGUCACAGCAAGAACUUUGUAAAUGUGCUGACCUAAAGUCAUGUUUUAACUGCACCCGUGAAGAGUGUAUUUGGUGCCAAAAUGAAGGUCGAUGUAUUGAUAAAAAUGCAUACACAACUUCUUUCCCAUAUGGGCAGUGUCGUGAGUGGACAACACAGCAGGCUAGAUGCAGAUCGACGGUGUCAGGUAAAUCAUCCUGUAGCUUUUAUUUGACCUGUGCUGAAUGUCGUGAUGAUCCUGCUUGUGGAUGGUGUGAUCAUGGCUCUGGCACUGGAUUGGGAACUUGUUUCCCUGGUGGCAAUAUGGGACCUGACCAUGAGUAUACAUGUCCUGCUCGCAACUGGUAUUUUACAGUCUGUCCUCUUUGCCAAUGUAAUGGACACAGCACUUGUCAAGAUAACACCUCAUUAUGCAAUCAACCUUGUGGAAAUAUGACUCAAGGAGAAAAAUGUGAACGCUGCAUACCAGGUUAUUAUGGUAUUGCAAUAAAUGGUGGAUCCUGUGGACCUUGUGAUUGCAAUGACCAGGGAACCUUAUGUAAUCAAGAAAACGGGAAGUGUUUUUGUACAACAAAGGGGAUUAGUGGAGAUCAUUGUGAGCGAUGUGACACAGCAAAUCAUUACCAUGGAGAUCCCACUAACCACGGCUCAUGCUUUUACGAUCUUACUAUCGACUAUCAAUUUACUUUUAAUCUUUCUAAGAAAGAGGAUAGACAUUAUACCCAAAUUAACUUUAAAAACAGUCCUCCCAAACCAGAUAUUGACGCAGAUUUUAGUAUUACUUGCUCUGUCAUGGCAAAAAUGAACAUAACAAUCAAAACAGCAAAAGAAGGAGAGCGGCAAAUAUUGGUUGAUCAUAAUUGUACCUCGUUCCGCACUCGUUUUACAAAGGCAGAACACAAUUUUGGAAUAGAGGAGAAUGUGACCCUUACAACAUUUUAUGUUUAUGUUUAUGACUUUCACACCCCAUUGUGGAUUCAGAUCUCAUUUUCCCAGUAUCCAAAACUCAACCUUCAACAGUUUUUCAUCACUUUUUCUACGUGCUUCCUUCUUUUACUCUUGGUAGCUGCAAUUUUAUGGAAAAUCAAACAGAAAUAUGAUAUGUACAGAAGGCGCCAGAGAAUGUUUGCUGAAAUGGAGCAAAUGGCAAGUCGUCCUUUCUCCCAGGUGCUGGUAGAAAUUGAAAGACGUGAAAGACUUCAUGAGAAUGCCAAUACUGAUGCAGAUACUCAACAUUCAUCAGUUGCCUCAUUAAGGAAAAGAAAGAAAAUGUCGCGGCAGGAUUCACCUAGUCCUAUAGCCCUGGAACCAUGUUGUGGUAACAGAGCUGCUGUUCUUUCUUUGCUCAUUCGCCUGCCAACAGGUGGUGAGAUUUACACUCCUCCUGGACAAUCUGCUGGUUUAGCAAUAGCAUCUGCCCUUGUAACCUUAGGAAAUCCUCGUAAGGUUAGUGCUGAUCCUGCCAAUAAGUGUGACCAGAAGUCCUCCAAGUCACGAAAAUCUGUUUCAAGCCAGCACCCUGAUAGUUGCAUAUGAUGGCUGCUCCCAGUCAAAUAAAUUAUUUAUUAUUUUUUAUACCUUCUUCAAGAGGUGAACUUUGUUUCCCUUGUGGAGAUUUGUUGUGAUCAAGAGUGUCAUUGUACUGAUAAUGAGAAGGAACUGACUUGUAAUGUAUGUAGGUUAAAUGCCCAUUGUGAGAAUUGUUUUGUUUUAUAUGUGUGUAUGUCAAGAAAAGUGUGAAUGUCUGAAUGUGAUAAUUGUGUUUUUAGAUGGUACCUAGUGUGUGUUUCUAUGUUAGGGUAUGUAUGUAUGUAUGUAUGUAUGUAUGUAUCAAUGUAUGUAAGUAUGAUUGUGUUUUUGUAUGUUUGCGGAUGGAUGAUUAGUUAUGCAUGUGAACCAGUGUUUUCUUUCCAUGUGUAAAGGCACACAUUUAUUCUGAGACUUAAGAGAUUUUUUAAAAUUAUUAUUUAUGUAAGUUCUGAAGAAGCAUUUGGUUUAAAAGUGUACCCAUUCAUGGGUAAAAUAGUUGCAAGAAACCCCCCUUUUUUUUCUCAAUAAUUUUUAGGAGAUGUCUGCAAGGGUAUUAAACUGACAGCUUCAUUUUCACCCAGAGAAAUCAGGAGGAGCCUUUCAUAUGCCUGCUAUUGUAUGUAGCCUAUGGGUAUAAGUGCAUGCAAAUCAGGUUUUUUAUAGCAAAAGUAAUGAGGUAAAUCUGGUUUCCUUUCAAACACCUUCACUGUGUCUUCCCAUUAUCUUUGAAAUGAAACGCAAUACUCUCUUUGAAUUGCAGACCUACAAGACAGUUUCUGUCCAUGAAUGAGGAGAAGCAAAAGAAGGAACCCAAUCAUUAUAGUUGUCUAUUGUUGUUUGUCUGCAUUCUCUUCCCAUUAUUACAUGCAAUCCACAUAAUGCACUCCUUGCAAAAUAUUCUAUCUUAAAGUGAAGAAAAACUUGAGUAUGCAUCCUCUGAGUGCUGGCAGAGCAGAAAAAUUGUUUGUCCUUUUCUGAAUUUUUUCUGCUCAAUCAAUUAUUACAAAGAUGCCGUUUACUCAAUUUCUGCUGCUUGACAGUAACUGUGACAAAAGAUGAGAUAUUUUGCUCUCUUUCAAUCCCUCUCCCUCUUAAAGUGAUGGUUUAAGACUGAAUUUAUCUUUCAGAAAGACUUCUCUCCUCAUAAGAACUUAUGUAACUUUUCUCUCUGUACAAGAACCUUAUUUAUUUUAUUUAUUUUAUUCAGAGUAGGUCACUGACAUUUUACAUACAGCCAUGAUCUGGUUCAAGAACUGCAGUAGAUUUUUGAGUUGCUCUAAUACAAAUAAAUAUAACAUUUAUCCUUCAUAAGCUAUGUACUUCGAUCUUUUUUACUGGGGACUCACAUUAGAAAGCCAUGGUAAAAUUUUAUAUUUUCCUGAAGUAGCAUUUGGAAUAGCCCUUCUCCCUCCUCUCCCCUUUCUCUCUGAAACUACAGGAUAUAUGUAAAACCGAGGACACCCAUUGGCAAAGAUAUUGCCAAUUUUAUGUAUUGCUGCUCAAAAGUCAUACAUUUCCUCUGGAAAUAUUGACACAUCCCUGUAUUAUUAAAUAGCAUUCAAGUAUUCAUUAUUUAUGUUACCUUCAGGUUUAGGAAGUGCAUAUCAAAUGAUACAUAAGCCUAUGUAAGUAUGUAUUUAUAAGGAAUGUAAAAUUUCAGCGUUGCUUUUGUAAUCAUUGUUUUUUAGUCAUUGCCGUUUUUGUUGUACAGUAUUUUCUUCCUCUAUCUCAUGAUAUUACUGUAUCAUACAUUUAUAAUAUGAAAGCACCCGUUCUGAAAGAUGUUUAAUACAGCUUGCUUUCAACUGUAUUUAGUUCGCUUUGGAAAAUUUUGUGGUAAAAAUGGCCUGUCUAGUGUAAUUGGUCUUCAAUUCAUCUGUAUAUUUAUUAUCAAUACUUUUGAACUUGACAGGAACAUGAAUACUGCCAGUCUAUUGUGCCUUGCCCUUAGGAAUCUCACUCAUGUCCUCUCUGACUUAUGUCACUCAAUACUGUAAUCUCCCUUUUUUGAGUGCAAUCUGUGAUUUCUUAUUACUUUCGUUGCAGCAAGCCUUAUAUCUGUAAAUUUUGCUAAUUUCAAUUGUAUUAUUUACGAUCUUGUGGUGGAAUAAGACGUUUGUUAUACUUUCUUACCCAAUGUCAGGAAAGUGUUGUUUACCUGAAGCAAAGGAAGAGCUUGUAAUUUAAUUUGUUAAUUUUAGCGCUGAUAGUAUUUUUAAAUUUUGUUUCUCUCACCAGUCAUUGGUUUGGUUUAUUUUUGGCUUGGUAUGGCUGAAAUCAUCUAGUCUUCUUCUAUGUUGGUUGUGUUCGGUUAACAUGUCAAUUUAGCUCAGAGAAAAGUAUUCUCAUCCAUCAUAUGUCUCAGUUUUCCAUUAUAAUUUCAAACCUGAAAUUAAUCAUAAAAGAAUUGUGUCACAUUCUGUCAUAUUUGGUGACUUGGUAUUAUUUUUAUUAUAUGUAACUUUUCUUCCAUUUCUCAAAAAAGAAGCAAGUUAUUAUAUACCUAGUUUGGGUGUAUUGUUUUUGUUUUGUUUUGUUUUUCUUUGUGCUACAUGUCACUGUUCAGUUACUGCAUUAAGGGUGUAUCAGUCUUUUUACAGUCACCUGUUGUUUCUUUUCUAUUUGUUUGGAAUUUCCAAGUUGUCUUCCUGUCUGAAUCAAGAUUUCCUUACAUGAGAAGAAGUUUUCAAGAAGCAGUCACACAUAUGUGUUUUUGUUCUACCUUAUUCCAAUAAUUGUUGUUAAUUCAUAGCACGUUUUUGUAAACUUUGUUAUAAAUUAUUUGUUUUGUGCAAGACACCUGUCACCCUCUAGAUGUGUUCUGAAAAUGCCUGAACUGUACCUACAAUGAUACUGAACAUUUCAACAACAAUUUCCGAUCUUGUGCCCUGAAACCUUCAGUGUUAAGGUAUAAAAGUUCUUCUGACUCAGUCAAAAGAAGUUACCUCCAUGAUUAGCAGGAAGUUUAUAUUAUUUACUUUUGGUGCACAUUAAAUUGAAUUGUGAUUAUCUUGAAUACUGGAGCAAUUUUGGGGGUUUUCUAUUAUGAUUGGUGUCUUGUAGUACCUGAUACAUUCCGUCAAAUGUGUUCUUUCCAAACCCGUGCCUAUCUGUUUCUAUGCAAGAAAUUUUUCUAUUGACCCUGACACUAGAAGAUCUGACCCAUUUCUAUCUAAUAUUAUUUUGUGCGAGCUUUGUUUUAUCUUUCCCUCCCUUCUUUCUGAUUUUAGGGUUUGUGUACAGGUAUUGCAGUUGUAAAGAGAUUCCAUAAACAUGAUGUACUCAUAAAUAUUUUUAUCUCUACAA